GGAGAGAAGAGAUUUUGAGGAGAGACAAGAAGUUGAUCUGAAAAUGCAACUGAAAGAAUUCUUCUGUGCUUUUCCGCCGAUUGUUUGAGAAUUAAUUCCGUGGCAUGCGCAGAGGCAUUCCCAUCCGAAAGAUUGUGAAUGAAAGUGGUUGUUUUGGCGGGGAAGAAGGAGCAUUGUAGUACGCGCCGUCUCAUAUUAUCAUGGGAUUUCUGGUGCUUGAAGCAUCCACUUGGUGAUCACUUUCUCACAUACUUCAGUUGCUCAUCGUGAGUUGAGCUGCCCGGACGACUUUGUGGGGGCGCGGAAAACUCUUUGGCCAAGAGACACUGGCUCUGUGGUGAGGGACUGAAAGGGAAAAAGAUUUCAAUUCUCCCAAGAGCGCGCAAAUUAUGAGUCCAUAGGGAAAUUCUUCUUGGCGCGUUUUAUCAAUAAUCUGUGGUUGUGGGAAAAAGGAAAAGUUUUGUGUUUAUUUUUUUUAUUUUUUGGCGAAGAGUGGAAAAAGUGGAAGUAGGGAAGAGUAAUUGUGAAAUAUGUCAACACAGAGUAUUCGCAUAAAUACUGGAGAAAAUGUUGGAAGGCCCCAGGAGACUCAAAAAUCCUGCGGAUGGUUUAGGUUCAGGCCAAAAUGCCUUGAGCACUUUAUGUCGCCCAAAUGGGCACUCUUCUGGUUGUGCUGGGCAGGAGCUGUUCAGGGAUUAGUCGUCAAUGGAUUUAUUAACGUUGUCAUCACGACAAUUGAGCGUCGUUUUGGUCUGAAAUCGUCCCAGACGGGCCUAGUGGCCAGUGGCUAUGACAUUGCAUCCUUCCUGUGUCUUGUUCCUGUGACAUACUUCGGUGGCCGCGCUGGAGCUUCAAAGCCCAAGUGGAUUGGUCUUGGAGUGGUACUGAUGGCUCUGGGAUCCUUCACGUUCUCCCUGCCGCACUUUCUGGUCGGACACUACAGGGCAACUGGGGCUGAUAGUAACAUCUGUCCAUCGGGAAUCAAUGCCACAAACACCUCCAGUUCCGGAAAUUCAGCGUCAGAUUUAUGUAUUGUCACGGGCGAAAAUGGAAUAGAUGACUCCCAUGAGGAUUUAUCGUGGAACGUGUGGCUCUUCUUCAUCGCGCAAUUGCUCCAUGGAGCCGGUGCAUCGCCCCUCUAUACGCUGGGUGUUACCUACAUUGAUGAGAAUGUCUCCAAGAAGAUGUCUUCUGUGUACUUAGGGAUUUACUACACGACUGCAAUCAUUGGACCAGCUGUUGGAUACGUCGUUGGGGGUCAAUUGCUCCUCUUCUACACGGAUAUGAUUUCAGUGGAUCCUCUCGUAUUUGGUCUCACUCCUCAGAGCAAGGUCUGGGUUGGAGCCUGGUGGGUUGGAUUUGUAUUUAUGGCAGCCUUCUGCCUUCUCCUGUCCAUUCCCAUCUUGGCCUUUCCACCUUCCCUCCCAGGAGCCGAUGAAUUGAGGCUGGAGAGAGUAUCUGAGGCCCAUGAUGGCGGAGGUGGAGCUGGAAGUGAUCAGAACUUCUCCAAAGUCCGCGAAAUGCCCAAAGCUCUGUGCAAUCUGCUAAAAAAUCCCACAUUCUUCUUCCUGAAUCUUGCUGGAGCUUCCGAAGGGCUGAUAAUAGCUGGAUUUGCUGCCUUCCUGCCCAAGCAAAUUGAAAACCAAUUUAGUGUAACUGCUGUGUGGUCAGCACUGCUCAUGGGGAUCAUCACGGUACCAGCUGGAGGUGGAGGAACUUUUCUGGGUGGGUAUUUGGUGAAGAAGCUCAAUCUCUCCUGCGCUGGAAUCAUCAAACUCUGCCUCGUGGCGACAUUCUUUGCCACAAUCUUCACGGUUUGCUUCUUCCUCUCCUGCCCCAAUCUGACUUUUGCCGGAGUCACAACUCCCUAUCGGACAGAUGAGAUUUCCGUGGAGAUUCCUGGGAAUCGGUUCCACCUGGAGAAUUCUUGCAACAGCAAAUGUUCCUGCAGCAAAAUGAACUACGAUCCUGUUUGUGGAAUCGAUGGGAUUAUGUACUACUCACCCUGUCAUGCAGGAUGUGAGCAGGAAAAGAGUCUCGAUCAGGCAAAAAUCUACCUCAACUGCGACUGCAUCCUGGGGAAUUCUUCGGCUUUAGGUUACGAAGCCAUUAAUACAAUGUGCGAUUCAACUUGUGGACAUCUCUGGAUUUUUGUGAGUCUCUGCUUUUUCGUGAUGUUCUUCACCUUCCUGGCCACGAUGCCUGCUCUCUCAGCUACUCUUCGUUGCGUCCACGAUGACCAGCGUUCCUUUGCUCUUGGGAUUCAAUGGAUAAAAGUCAGGAUUUUAGGCACAAUUCCAGCUCCUAUGAUCUUUGGUUCUCUCAUUGAUGAAUCCUGCAUCCUGUGGCAGGAGUCCUGUGACAAAUUUGGCGCCUGUCUCGUCUACGAUAAUCUCUACAUGAGUCGAUAUAUGCUUGCCCUGGCUUUCAUUGGGAAAAUCUGCUCAGUGAUCUUCUUCCUCGGAGCUUGGUGGUUCUACAUUCCGCCCAAGACGUCAGCCAGUGUUGUUGUGGCCAAGCAGCUUCAAGUGGCUGCAGUCAAUGGAAAAUGCGGAGAUCACCAUGCUUCCGGAAAUCAGGAAGCCAGUGACAAAUAUUAAAGGAUUUCUUCACCAAAUUUCCCUAAUUAGCUUAAAUCCAAACUUCCCCCCGAACAUGCAUGUAAUUUUACUAUUGACUAUUUAUUAUGAACUAGAUGUAAUUAUUUCCAUUUUUAUACAAGAAAAAAAAAAUGAAGAAAAAUAAAUUUGUAAUUGUGGUAAAA